GCUUUUUCCUCAAUUAUGAAUUUGCCCAAAACAAAAGCAGCUACAGAAUUAAAGGCCUUGCUUCAAAAUAAGCAUAACAAGAGUUGCUUUGAUUGCUACUCUAAAGGACCAACAUGGGCGUCUGUGACCUUUGGCAUCUUUAUUUGUCAAGAUUGUGCAGCCACUCACCGCAAUUUAGGCGUUCAUAUCAGUUUUGUCAAAUCCACAUUGUUAGAUGCUUGGACACAGCAACAAAUAGACAUGAUGACACUUGGAGGAAACGCUAAUGCUCGAGAAGCAUUUGGAGAAGCAUUAUUAAGCUUAAAGGAUCUCAAAACCAAGUACACGAGUAAGACAGCCUUAUCCUAUAGAGACAAACUACAGAAAAAAGUACAAGAAAAGGGGAAAGCACUAGAAGAAGAUGAUGUGGACCUUAUUCACUUAGAUCAAUUAUCACUACAACAAGCUCAGAACGAUCCAUCUCUGAUAGACUUUUCAACCGAGCCAGCCCCUGACGUUGUAAAUAUCACACCUGACUUUGAGGAUCUAGAUAUUUUCAAACCUGUAAAGGAUAACAUACCCCCUAAGUCACAAAGUUCAAUCUUUGAUGAACUCAUGGCACCACCUACGCCUACAGCAGAUGAUAUAUUUUUCGAUAAGUUAGAAAAGAACACGGAGAGCAAUAAGAAGCGUACAUUCAAACCCAAGGCUCGUGGUCAUUCAUCAAAGUUGGGUGCACGAAAGGUACAAUCGACUGUGUUUCAGCAGCAAGAAGAACUGGCGCGACGUGAAGAGCGGAUGAGACAGGAAGGAAUAGAUGAAGAUAGUAUAGGCAGAAGUAGUCGGAACCAUCUACUGGCAACAAACACAGAACCUAUUCCUAAACUACAGCCUCCCACAGCAUUAUCUGGAAGAUUGAUGUAUCAACCUGCUAAUAAAGAAAAAGAAGAAAAAGAUCCUGAUAGAUUAGGCAUCAUGUCUUUAAAGAGUGCGUCUCAGAAUCAUAGGGCGAUUAAAAAAGAACAAGAUGAUGACGACGAUAAUGAUACCACAUAUGCUCGCGAAAAGUUUGGAAAUGCGAAAUCGAUAUCUUCAGACCAAUACUUUGGCCGAAAUGAGUAUGAUGCGGAUCGACAGUCUGCAAACAAUAGUCGUCUAGCGCAGUUUCAGAGUUCAUCAAGUAUAUCAUCUGAUCAGUAUUUUGGAAGAAAGUCAUCACAACACACAACAACACCAUUGUCUAAAAAGAUCCUGCAUGUUGCUUCAAAAGGAGCAUCCAAGAUACAGAAUAUGUUAGCUGAAUUAGAGGUAAUUGUCAUUUUACUCUGCUAAAUAUGACAUAUUAAUUAUGCUUAAAUCAUCUAGUAAAAGCAAAAUAAGUCACCUCUUUCUUUUUCCUUUAUGCUUGAGAUUUUGGAUUGUAUUAUGAAUAAAGGACUAAUGAUGAGUUGGAAAGGGAUGUAAAAUAAUAAGGGAAGCGCUACAUGCAUGUGAAAAUUCAGGUCUUACUGUUUGCACAGCACAUUUGUAUAGCAAACAGCAUUAGACACACCACAUCUACACAGAACUAUGUACAACACUGAAGAAUAUAUCGAUGAACCUCUAUGUGGCCUCUUUAUAAAGAUCGCAACGAGAGAGAGAGUUUAUUAUUACAAACAGCAUCAUUUUAUAUAUGACAAGAUUAUUGCAUGAAUUAAAUAUGAACAAUAAGAAUAGAG